AGCGCCUGCCCCAGCACGCAGUGGGUGCGGGGUGCUGGGAGCCGAUGGAGCCGCGGUGGCAUUACCAGUUCCGGGUGAUCAUGCUGGGGGAUUCGACGGUGGGCAAAUCGUCCCUGCUGCGGCGUUACACCGAGGGGGUUUUCCUGGAUGCCGUCAAUCAGACGGUGGGGGUGGAUUUCUACGUUCAGUUCGUGGAGUUGGAGCCGGGGCUGCAGGUCAAACUGCAGUUCUGGGACACGGCUGGGCAGGAGCGCUUCAGGUCUGUCACCCAUUCCUAUUACCGCAACUCUGCGGGUGCAAUGCUGCUCUUCGACCUCACCAACCGUGCGUCCUUCGAGAGUGUCCGGCGGUGGCACCGGGAGGUGACAGACACCAUCCAACCUUUCCACGUGGUUUUCCUGCUGGUGGGACACAAAAGCGACCUGGUGGGGGAACGUAAGGUGGGCAGGAGGGAGGCGGAGCGGCUGGCGGCCUCGUUGGGGGUGCAGUACGUCGAGACCUCAGCCAAGGACGGCAGCGAUGUGACGCGGGCGUUCCAGAUGCUGACCGUGGCCAUCUACCGGGCGCUGCAGAGCGGGCUGCUGGCACCGUGCGAGGCGUGGGACGGGGUGAAGAGCAGCGUGCCGCUGCCAGCACCGUGCCCGAAGAAGGAGAAGCAGAAGAAAUGCGCGUGCUAAGGAGGGCGUUGAGGUGCUGGGCUCUGCCGGGUGCCGAGGAAGGAGGAGCAGCGAGUGAUGGCGUUAAACAGCCCCCUGCUCACCCCACCGCCUGCCCCGUUUCCUGAGGAAAGGGAGGUGCCAAAGCCCCGUUCUUCUGUUCUCCCCCCUUACAAAGCGGUUCCCAGACAGCGAGCGCAGCCCCUCCCUGUGCCCUCGGGUUCCAAACCCGUUUUACUAUGGAGCAGAGAAUGCUAUGGUGUCCUGCGCCCAGCAGCACCCAACCCAGCUUUGGGCAGAGCCCUGGGAACAAACGGCAGCUCUGUGCCCCAGGAGCUGCCUCUCCCUCCCGAGCACCAGUCAGACCGGCCUCAGCUGCACUUACUGCAUGCCCCGGGCUGCCCAGCUGCACGGAGCCCUCAAGUAUCAACAAAGGGGGUUUCACCCGUGGGUGCUGGCAGCCCUGGAGCCCCAGCAGCGAGCUCUGCAGUGAGGCAGUGUCCACAACCUCCCUUUCUUUGCAGGGAGCCUGCAGAGCUGCCCUUUCCCUCCCCACCACAUCCCACAGCAGCCGUAGUUUCUCUGCUGUGUGCCAGUUUGGGCAGAACAGAUGCUGGGAUGUGACUCUUCAUGUUGUGAAUGCACUCAUCUCUUAUCCACAGCCACCACUUUCCUCCUACCUGCAGCCAAGCAGAGGCGGAACCCCAGCAGGAGCCCUUGGCACAGUGAGCACAGGGUGGGCACAGCCCUGCCUGCAGCGCAGAGACCAUCAGCUCAAAGCCCAGCACAGAUCUCACACGCAGACACCAGGCAAGCCCCACAGCUGCCUCUUUCCCUUGGUUUUAGAUUAAUAAUUUCUUUAUUCAUGUAAAACAAAUGCAAGUAUUUAUAUAAACACUGACAUUACAAAGUACUGGAGCAGGGAGGGGCAGAAGGAGGAAACAAAAACCUCUACAGAUGCUUCUAAUACUGUCCCACACACACCAUCAAAUGCUCUGUUCCUCAGAUAAUCACUUAUACGAUAAACCACUUUCAAGUCACAAAUAAAAGUCUUUGCUUUGA